AUGUCCCAUGGCCAAAGUUCGGACUACAGUGGAUUCGUAUGCUUCGAAUUCUAUCAGAAACUACUUACCGACUCCAAUGGGAACAUAUCCAGAUCCAGAAUUCUUGUGGCAGGCUUCGGUGCUGGAGCGACUGAGUCGCUUCUGGCUGUAACACCGACUGAGCUAAUUAAGACAGUGAUGUACAUUCUAAAUCCCUUUCCCGUUCUUCUCAAAAUCAUUCUGACGUGUAGCAGUAUUGAGGACCGCAGAUUAGAGAAGCCUAGAAUCCAGAAUUCGAUUCAUGCAAUAUCCAUCAUUGCACGGGAGCAUGGUCUGAGGGGCUUCUUCCAAGGAUUUUGGCCAACCACCGCUCGACAGUCUGCAGGUAGCGCUAUCCGGCUAGGAUCCUACACAUUCUUGAAGCAAGUUGUGCAAUCACGCACCCCUCAGAACAAGAGAAUCGGUACCGUCGACACCUUUAUCAUCGGAAGUCUUGCUGGAUUGAUCACCGUCUAUCUGACACAGCCGCUCGACACUAUCAAGACCUGCAUGCAAGGGCUUCAAGCAAGAACAAGAUAUAGGAAUUCAUUCACUUGCGCGAAAAACAUUCUGGAGCAAGAAGGUGUUCUCGCCCUCUGGAGGGGUGCGGUAGCUCGCUCCACAAGACUCGUCAUGAGCGGUGGGAUUGUGUUUAUGGUAUAUGAGAAAGUGAUGGAGGGUUUAGAUGUAAUUAGCCCCGUUAGAGAGUUAUAG